AGCUAUUUAAAUGGCUUUGUGGAGUACUCUAGUGCAGAAUAGAAUCUCUUUGUAGACAAACUUUGCACAUCUCCACCCUCUUCCUGCCUGGGGUUGUUGUCAAAUUGCACGUUUUAGAAUGACUGGGCAAAAGAUGCAGUGAAAAUGUAUCACUGAAGUUGAGAUGUCACUGAAGUUGCUUGUAUGUUUAUCUGCACAUUGGUGGUACAAUGACUAUUUAAUACUCAAACAUAGUCUAUGCUGAACAUAUUCACAAAGGAUUAUGGAAUGCUGAUUAUCCUGAGAACAACAGUUUGGGCUGGUUAGAAAAAAGAAAAAAAAAGCUCAUCGUCACUGUUCAGAAUGACCUCGAACACAACUCUGUCCUUUCACUCCAACUCUAAAAUCCCAAACCACUAUGAGAAAACAACAGUGGACGUUGUCUUCUACGCCAUCAUCGUCCUCCUUGGCACCACCGGGAACUCUGUAGUCAUCUGGGUUGCCGGCUUCCGCAUGAAGCCCAACGUCACUAACGUUUGGUUGGUCAAUCUGGCUGUAGCUGACCUGAUCUUCUGCCUGACACGAAUCACUUCGCUCCUCAAAAAAGUUUUCUAUGACCACUGGCCUUUUGGGGUUUUUCUCUGCAAGUUCAAUGGCUUCUUCAAGUACGCCAACAUGUUCUGCAGUGUUUUUCUUCUGGCUGUCAUCAGUGUGGAUCGAGUGCUGUGCGUCUGGUGGCCAUUGUUUGCCAGGAAACGACGGACGUUAUGUGCUGCUCGUGUGGUCAGUGUGGGAGUUUGGAUUGUGGCGGUGAUCCUUAGUUCACCUUAUUUUGUGUACCGGCAGGUCUUCCCUGGCAAGAAUAACUUGAGUCACUGCACACUGAAGGAUAAAGGAGCAGCAGAUGAAGCUGGAAAUUCUGCCAAGUAUGUCUAUUACUACAUUCGUUUCAUCUGUGGAUUCCUGUUGCCCUUCCUGGUCAUCCUUAUCUGUUACAUACUAGCUGCUGUUGGGAUACGCAGAACGCGGCUCUCUGGCAAAUCGAGGCUUCUUCGUAUUCUUGCUGUACUGGUCUGUGCUUUUUUCUUAUGCUGGGCCCCCUACCACUUUCUAGGACUGGUCAAAUUGGUGAAUAAAGAAAACAAGAUGGUGAAAGUAGGAUGGAGUAUGGCUUCAAACUUAGCCUAUUUCAACAGCUGCAUUAACCCGGUGCUGUACUUCUGCAUGGGACUGGAUUUUAGUCGAUGCUGCAACCAAACUCUGUCUGGGAUUUUUCAUAGAGCUCUUAUGGAGGAAGGCCAAUCCCUGUCCCAGCAGGGCACUGGGGAAGAAAGCUGUAGUUCCAUUCCAAAGACUGAGUGUGUCACUAGAGUUUAAGAGAUUUAACUUUCAUUUUUUAGGUCUAUCAGAAUUUUUAUUAGUAUCUGACACAUUAAAAAAUUAACAUACCUCAGUGUCUGGUCUUCUGGUUAGCUUUCAUCAGUAGUAGCCUAUAUGAAAUAUAUUGCAAAAUAGUCAAAAUAAGAUCAUUUGUAAUAUGUGUAAUUAUUUUUAUACAAAUGUUUAUGCAAUAAUUGUACAUUUUUAUGAUCGGUUAUGUUUGUCUACAUGUGUAUGUUUGUUAAUUAUCAGGAUGACAUAGAUAAGCCCACCUGAGGCAGGAAGAGAAAGCAGAAAUUAUUGGUGGCCUAAUAUAAGGGAAGGAACCAUUUUUUAUCAGUUUUGUAUGAAAACUGUGGUUAAUGUAAGCUCAUUUUUAAUUAUAUUUUUUAUUUCUGUAAUAUUUACUAUUGCAAUAAAUGCACAGUGUAAAAAAGCUUCUGAUGCAAUUUCUCUCCAUCAGAAAAAGCAAAAAACAAACUUGUUUUCCCGGUUUAAAUGUCUACUAAACUUUUAGGUCCUCAUAGCAUGACUGAGCACACUGAAACUAACAUCUGCAGUGAUACUGCAACAUUAAAAGUUGUGCAAUAUUGCAAAAUGAUGUGAAGAAAAGCAAUACUGCACUACACUAGUCAGAACUUAAGUUGAUAAUAAUUUCACAGAACCUGUGUUAUAAUGUGAAACUUUUCGAAAAGAUAAUUUGCACAUUUGCAUAACCACUGAAAUGAGAUGGACUUGAUAUUGAAUAUGAUUUCUCUGCAAUAACCUAGUAAACUUCACUACUAGUUGUCAGCACAAUGAAGCAUUUAUUUUAGAGAUUCGUCCUAGCAUUCCUCUCUCAGUUCACUCAGGGUGCGUCUCAAUCAGCUCCCUAGCUCGUGAAUCAGUUUACUGUGUAAAAAAUUUUGAAAACGCAUUUCAAAGUUCAAGUUUUUUAAAAUGUUAUUGUCUCCGUGUAAACAGAGUAUUCAUUAGGAGGACCAUGUGACAUCAAAGUGCUUUAUCGCUGCCAUUUUUGUGCCCAGUCACAGCUGUGCGAUCUGUUUCAGUCUAUGGUCCAUGCUAUGGUCACAGCAGCCACAACUACCAGAGGAAGAUCAAUGAAACACUCCCAGAACGUUCACAACAAGGUUACAAUAUCCCUGGGAUAUGUUGUGCUGUUAGCUGCAACAACAGUCAUCAGAGAAACCCCGAACUACAAUUUUAUUAGAUCCCAAAGGAGAUCGGCAGAAUAAACGGUUGGCUUCAAUCAGAAGGGACCACUGGCAGUCAAACAGCAAUGCACAACAUAUAUAACUACUGGGACUGUCAUUUACAUAACAUUAUAAUGAGAACACUAUUGUAAUAAAACAUUGUGAAUUCAAUGUGUUUAGUUGUUGUUUUAGCGUGUUGUUGUGGGAAGAGUGCGUCUACUACAGGAGUUAAACAUUCUGAUUAGCACAUAACUUAGUUCAAGCUUCACUUGUGCAUCCGCAUCAUUUUGUGCAGAUAUAAGUUGUAAUAUUAAAUUUAUGUAUUAUAAAUAUCUGAUUAAUCUCAUAUAGGAUGCGUUGACUUAAAUAACCUGCAGCGCUUUAAUGUACUGAUCAUCUUUAGCUUCAGUGUGAGCUCUCAAACAGCAAUGCAAAACAUUAAUAACUAUGAUUGGGGCUGUAAUAUACAUAACAUUAUAAUUGUACACACUAUUGUAAUAAAAUGUUGUGAAUUCUU